AGAUUUAGGGUUUUGAUUAUCUUUUUGUCUUUCUUUCUAAUUUGUUGCUUCCCUAAAUCUUUCUAUCGAUCUCGAUUUCUCUUCGCUCCGUUACCGGAGUUCAAAGACAAGUCUCGCUUCGCCGGCUGAGGAUUUUCAGUGUUCGGUAGGAAUAUAUCAAAAUGACGGUGACACCGAAAAUCUACAUCAACGAUGGAAACCUGGUUGUGCAUGGGAAGACUGUACUGACGGGAGUACCCGACAACAUUGUGCUGACUCCGGGGACCGGCGGGCUCGUCGGAGGUGCCUUUGUCGGUGCAACAUCGUCUGCUAGCAAAAGCCUCCAUGUUUUUCCCAUGGGUAUAUUAGAGGGUCUCCGAUUCAUGUGCUGUUUCCGGUUCAAGCUAUGGUGGAUGACCCAGAGAAUGGGGACCUGUGGAAAAGAUGUUCCAUUGGAGACCCAAUUCAUGCUCAUCGAGAGCAAAGACGGCACUGUUGAUGAUGAAGCCAACCAAGGAGACACACCAACCAUCUACACCGUCUUCCUCCCUCUUCUUGAAGGCCAGUUCCGUGCCGUUCUUCAGGGCAACGAGAACAAUGAGAUAGAGAUUUGCCUCGAGAGUGGAGACAAUGCUGUUGAGACAAAUCAAGGGCUUCACAUGGUCUACAUGCAUGCUGGAACCAAUCCUUUCGAUGUCAUCAACCAGGCUGUAAAGGCCGUCGAAAAACAUAUGCAAACUUUCCUUCACAGGGAGAAGAAAAAAUUGCCUUCUUUCCUUGACUGGUUUGGCUGGUGUACGUGGGACGCUUUCUAUACCGACGUUACAGCUGAGGGCGUCGACGAAGGCCUUAAAAGCCUAUCUAAGGGUGGAACCCCACCACGUUUCGUGAUCAUCGAUGAUGGUUGGCAACAGAUAGGCAACGAGGCAAAAGAUUCCAACUGCGUCGUCCAAGAAGGAGCACAAUUCGCUAGCAGACUCACGGGAAUUAAAGAAAAUGAAAAGUUCCAAAAGAAUGGCCAGAACAAUGACCAAGUGCCAGGUCUGAUGAUCGUCGUAGAUGAAGCAAAGCAAAACCACAACGUGAAAUUUGUGUAUGUAUGGCAUGCACUUGCUGGUUAUUGGGGUGGGGUGAAACCGGCUGCUACAGGCAUGGAGCACUACGACACUGCAUUGGCGUACCCAGUCCAGUCACCAGGAGUAAUGGGCAACCAGCCAGACAUUGUCAUGGACAGCCUUGCUGUGCAUGGACUUGGGCUUGUGCCCCCAAAGAAGGUGUUCAACUUCUAUAACGAGCUUCAUGCCUACCUUGCCUCUUGUGGGGUUGAUGGAGUUAAGGUCGAUGUCCAGAACAUCAUUGAGACCCUUGGGGAAGGCCAUGGUGGCCGUGUUGCACUCACCCGUGCCUAUCACCAGGCCCUAGAAGCCUCCAUUGCUCGCAACUUCCCUGACAAUGGCUGCAUUGCUUGCAUGUGCCAUAACACUGAUGGGAUGUACAGUGCCAAGCAGACGGCUGUGGUGAGAGCUUCUGAUGACUUCUACCCUCGGGACCCAGCAUCUCACACCAUCCACAUAUCCUCGGUGGCAUACAACACUCUUUUCCUUGGAGAAUUCAUGCAACCCGACUGGGAUAUGUUCCAUAGUCUACACCCAGCUGCAGAGUAUCAUGCUGCUGCUCGAGCAAUUGGUGGUUGUGCUAUCUAUGUCAGUGACAAGCCAGGCAACCACAACUUCGAGCUCUUGAAGAAGCUGGUCCUCCCUGACGGGUCUGUACUGCGUGCCCAGCUCCCUGGCCGGCCGACACGUGAUUGUCUUUUUGUGGACACUGCUAGAGAUGGAACCAGCUUGCUGAAAAUAUGGAACACAAACAAAUGCUCUGGCGUGGUGGGUGUGUUCAACUGCCAAGGUGCUGGAUGGUGCAAGAUUACCAAGAAGACACGCAUUCACGAUGCAUCCCCUGGCACACUCUCUGGCUCUGUCCGUGCCACUGAUGUUGAAGUAAUGGCUCAAAUUGCUGGAGCUGAUUGGAAUGGUGAAACCAUUGUCUAUGCCCAUAAAUCAGGGGAGGUGAUUCGGCUACCAAAAGGUGCUUCACUGCCGGUGACCCUAAAGGUCCUGGAGUAUGAACUCUACCACUUCUGUCCUCUCAAGGAAAUGACAUCCAACAUCUCCUUUGCACCUAUAGGACUGCUCGACAUGUUCAACUCCAGUGGAUCUGUGGAGCAAUACGAAGUUGAGAAGGCUACUGACAAGAAAGCAGAAUUGUUUGAUGGAGAAGUUGCAUCCGAGCAUCCAAGUUUGCUAAGCGAGAACAGAUCGCCAAUUGCAACCAUAGUCCUCAAAGUCAGGGGAUGUGGCCGGUUUGGUGCCUACUCAUCUCAGCGCCCACUGAAGUGCACUGUGGGUAACAAGGAAACCGAAUUCAAAUACAACCCUGACACUGGACUACUGACUUUGACCAUCCCAGCCCCAGAGGAGGAGAUGUACAGAUGGCCUGUUGAAAUCCAAGUUUAAGUAUAUUAGAUUUGGUGACUAGAAGAAGAUGAAAUUAAACAAAAUUUUCACCACUGUUGGGGAGCUGGCAGGGUUGAGGAGUUGGGAAGAGGGGAUCUGUGUUGGCAUUGGGGUCUGUUGGGCAAAAAGAUGUGUAUGGUGAGAGGUGGAGAUGUAUCUAAUUUAUCACUACUAUGCUAUGUAUGCAAAGAGUGAGCUAGGGGGAAGAUGCUCUUUCUUCAGAUGAAUAAGUAGGGAAUUGCUUUGCAUUGCUCUUUGUAAUAAAAGUAAUAGCAGUAUUAGUAGUGGUCUUAAUUGAUCUUAUUCAG